GCAAGGAGCAAAAAGCCAACACAAACAACAUGACUGACUAUGAGGUUGCAACUGCCUUUCUCGGGGAAUGGGGACAUUUCCAGCAGCAGGUGUUUUUCCUACUCUGUCUCACCGUCAUCCCUAACGGUUUCAGCGGCAUGUUCAUCGUCUUCGUCGGCGACACGCCGUCCCACCGCUGCGUCAUUCCCGCAAACGUGAACCUGACGGCGGCGUGGAGGAACCACAGCAUCCCGCUGGAGCUGGACAGCAACAGCGGCGCGUUAGUGCCCAGCAAGUGCUCCAGAUACAGGCUGGGAGAUGUGCUGAGUUUAUCGGACAGAGGCUUUCUGCCCGGGGUCGACGUUAACAUGUCUAAUGUGCCGACUGAGAGCUGUUUGGAUGGGUGGGAGUAUGACCAAAGCGUGUACAUUUCUACCAUCAUAACGGAGUGGGACCUGGUCUGUGACGACAGGUGGAAGAACCCGCUAACUUUUUCCAUCUUCUUCUGUGGUGUUCUCACUGGCUCCUUCGUUUCGGGGCAGCUCUCUGACAGGUAUGGGAGAAAAAUAGUGUUGUUUGUAACCAUGGCAGUCCAGACAGUGUUCACAUUCAUCAUGGUCUUCGCUCCAUCCUGGCCCGUGUUCUGCGCCCUGUUCUUUAUUGUCGGGAUGGGACACAUCUCUAAUUAUGUGGCUGCGUUUGUGCUAGGUACUUUUGUUUGUCUCUAUUCGAUGAUUUCAGCUGUACAGUAUUUAGUUGCUAACUUGUCCAUGAAAAAUAAUUUGUCAUUCAUUGCCUGUGCUUUAAAUCUCCCCCCUUUUCUCCUGUGCUUCAGGGACAGAGAUAUUGAGCCCAAAAGUUCGGACAAUUUAUUCCACCGCAGGUGUGAGUAUUUUCUUUGCUGCAGGCUACAUGUUCCUGCCACUGUUAGCCUACUUCUUGAGAGACUGGAGGAUGCUUCUCUUAGGCCUCACCCUGCCUGGCUUCCUCUAUGUGCCUCUCUGGUGGUAGGUAGGUUCAUCCCAGAGUCUCCUCGCUGGCUGCUGUCUCGGGGCAGAGUGGAGGAGGCAGAGGCCAUAGUGAGAGAUGCUGCUAAAAAGAACAAAAUCAAGCCACCGCCGGUCAUCUUUAGUCCUUUGCAGAAAGAACUUCAAUGCGAGACGAGUAAGGCCCUCAACAUCUGUGACCUGCUCCGUUCCCCAAACAUCCGCUGGAUCUCCCUCACGCUGUGGCUGGUCUGGAACACCUUGACCAUUGCUUACUUUGCUCUUUCCCUGAACACGGCAAACCUUCACGGUAACGCUUACUUCAACUGUUUCGUGUCGGCUUUGGUUGAGAUACCAGCCUACACUUUGUCUUGGGUAAUGUUUCGCUGGUGGUCCAGACGACUGAGUCUCUCAUCAACCCUCUUCAUGGGAGGAGUGUUUCUACUCUUCGUACAGCUCAUGCCAGCAAACCUGGUUUAUCUCUCCAUAACACUGGAGAUGAUGGGGAAGUGUGCGGUGACGACAGCAUUUGCUAUUGUAUACGCAUACACAGCUGAACUCUACCCAACAGUGUUGAGGAAUACGGCCUUUGGGGCCUGCUCCAUGGCCUCCAGAAUAGGCAGCAUCAUUGCCCCAUACUUCAUUUACUUAAGAAGCUAUUCCGUUUCACUGCCUUACAUCCUGAUGGGAAGCAUUACAGUUGCGUCGGGGUUGCUGAGCCUCCUGCUGCCCGAGAGCUAUGGAAUGCCUCUGCCUGACACCAUCAGUCACAUGCAACACUUCCCCGGAUGUUGUAAGAAGACACCCUAUAAACUCACAAACACAGAAGAAAAGGAAAAGGUUGCAGAAGGGACGUUUUCCCUUGAACAAGGAGCCUCACUGUUAUCUGCCUGAAGCAAAAACUGGAUAACCAUCUUAUCACCUUACACUUAUAAUAACUGAGAAUAAUAACAAUUGAUGUCACUAGAUUUGUGAAAGCAUUUGACUUCAACUGCACCAUGGAGCUUGAAAGUUAUUUUGAUUUUUAACCUCAUAAACAUGUACGUAACCUAUAAAAAGUGAUGCCACCAUCAUCAUAUCCUCUUAAGAGUCAUGUAGAUGAUGAGGAUAAGGAGGGGUUGUUUUGGUGACUAUAUUAAAGAAUGAUAUGAGAUGUUUUGUUUGUUUGCCAUUAUCUUGUCUGAACAUCCAGUAUCAGGAAGUUCUGUGG